AUGGAAAACCUCCUCCGAUCAAGAGAAUAUUGGAGUGUGGUGGAGACAGGCUAUACUCUUCCCAAAGAAGGUGUUGUUCAGACAGAUGCCCAGAAGAAGAUUCUUGACGAGAUGAAACUCAAAGAUCUAAAGGCAAAGAAUUAUUUGUUUCAGUCUCUGGACAAAUCAAUUCUAAAAACCAUAACAAAGAAGGAGACGUCCAAGCAGUUAUGGGAUUCGAUGAAGAUGAAAUAUCAGGGGAAUGCUCGAGUCCAACAUGCUCAGCUCAACCGACUUCGAAGGGAGUUCGAGGUCUUGGCCAUGAAACCAGGUGAGUUAAUUAAUAAUUACUUUGGCAGGGUGAUGGUCAUUUCUAAUGACAUGCGGAAUUGCAGAGAAAACAUGGAUAAUGUCAAAAUUGUCGAGAAAAUUCUGCGAACAUUGACAGAGAAGUGGAACUAUACAGUGUGUUCCAUCGAGGAAGCUAAGGAUAUUGAUGAACUUUCAGUAGAUGCCCUACAAAGUUAUCUCUUAGUCCUUGAACAAAAGUUCAAGAAAGAACCCGACGAGGAGCAAGCAUUAGUAGUGUCUUACAAUGAAGGUGGUAGCAAUCGAGGGCGAGGAAGAAAUUCCUUUAGAGGAGGAAGAGAACAUGGUCGGGGGCAUCAAAAUUACAAAAAAGCAACCAUUUAA